CUUGACUUGGAGACACCAACUCUUCUUGGCUGCUCUGAAUUCAACUCUUUACCUUAACGGAUCUCAGCUGCGAUGCCAGAGUCUCCUCACAGUCCCACAGCAGCCCGUCAAAACCCAGCCAGCAGCCUCCUCAGUCAUACAGACAAUAGUGGUGGAGAGAGAGUUGCUAAUGGGAACUCUGGCACUCUGAGUGGUGACAACUGGCAGAGUCUUCAGCAUAAACAGGUCUUUCUUGCUAUGAUGGCCCCUCAGCAGAUUCAACAGCUUCUGUCCCCCACCCAGCUGCAGGCUCUGAUCCACCAGAAGCAGCAAGCUCUUCUGCUCCAGCAGCAUCAUCUGAAAGAGUUUUACAAGAAGCAGCAACAACAGAUUCAGCUGCUUCAACAACAGUCCAGCAAGAAAAUCAAAGAGCUCCCUUCUCAGCAGCUCGUGUUCCAGCAGCUCAUCCAACUCCAGCAGCAGCAGCAGCAGCUCCUCCGGGCGCAGAGACCUGCGCCGUCCUCUCCUGCCCUCUCUCCAGCUUGCCGCAGUCCUUCAGAGAUGCAGCAAGUAUGGAAAGAGCUCACAUUUGGAAUGAGUGACGAUAAAAUCACAAUAAAGGGCAAUGGGGAAUCUUCUUCUCGCAAAAUAAUGUCAGCAGAAGUCACAGGGAGACAGACUGGUGACCAGCAGUCUCUCUGUCCUCACAGAGCUGAACGCACUGUUAAAGGCGAUCGUGCUGCCAAACACGUUCUCUUCGGUCACGGUGUGUGCAACUGGCCUGGCUGCGAGUCAGUCUGUGAAAACUUCAGCCAGUUUAUCAAGCACAUAAGCAGUGAACACACUCUGGAUGACAGAAGUACAGCCCAGUGCAGAGUCCAGAUGCAGGUGGUUCAGCAGCUUGAGCUUCAGCUCUGCAAAGAACGGGAGCGUCUGCAGGCAAUGAUGGCUCACCUGCAUCUGCCAUCUUUAGACGCUCAAUCGCUCUCUGCGCCUGCACAGUCGCCACCGUCUGAUGCGGCUGCUGACCCGUGCGGCCUGCAGCUCAGUUCAGUCACCAACAGCUUGCCCUCGCUGAGCCCGUCAGACUCAGCCCAGGUGUCCCCCCAACCUCUAGACCCUGUUAGCUCUCCAUCCUUGAGGUGUGAGAAAGAGUCCCCCUCUCAUACAUCAGGUGCUGGGCCUGUGAGACGUCGUAAUCACUCUUUGGUCUACUCACUGUCUUCAGAAAAUGAAUAUGAGCUUUACAAAAACACUGAUCUCAGACCACCUUUCACCUAUGCAACACUGAUUCGACAGGCUAUUAUGGAAGCAUCAGACAUGCAACUAACCCUCAACGAGAUAUACAACUGGUUCACAAGGACGUUUGCUUAUUUCAGGCGCAACGCUGCCACUUGGAAGAAUGCAGUUCGCCACAACUUGAGCUUGCACAAGUGUUUUGUGCGUGUGGAGAAUGUGAAAGGUGCGGUGUGGACGGUCGAUGAGGUGGAAUACCAGAGGAGGAGAUCCCAGAGGAUCACAGGAAAUCUGUCACUGAUGAAAAGUCCAGCUUUUGGGAGCCUUGUGAAUGCUGGCUUACAGACCACACUGUCAGAGGUGUCACUGCCAGGACUCAAGAAGGACAACGCAAGAGGAAAUUCAAGGAGUCACAUACAGAAGAGCAAAACGCCCAGCCACAGGAACCCAAACUUCUCUUCUCAAGUCCAGCGGCCACUUUUCCUUAAAGAUGGAGAGCUGAAUGUGAAUGACCAAGGAUGUCUGCCAGUCAGUCUGCGGCGAGACAGGACUGAAAAUGAUGAAGAGCAUUUGUUUGACCUUGAAUGA